AUGAAGCGAUUCGGUUGUCUAGGGGAGGCGGUUGUGGCCGCUCCUAAUGAUCACCCCAACCUUGCAGGGCUAUUGUGUGAUCUCAGAAACAAUGUCAACCGUCGAUACGAACGAGCAGGACAGAUGGAAGACCUCGAAGAAGCGAUCCGGGUGUCUCGCCAAGCAGUUACGGUCACUCCUGAUGAUCAUCCCAACCUUGCGAGAGGAUUGAGUAACCUCGGGUUCACGCUCCGCAGUCGAUACGAACGAACAGGACACAUAGAGGACCUCGAAGAGGCAAUCCAAGUGUCUCGCCAGGCGGUCAAGGUCACUACUAGUGACCAUCCUGGUCUUGCAGCGGUACUGUAUAACCUCGAAAACAAACUCGAACGUCGAUACGAACGAAUAGGACAAAUAGAUGACCUCGAAGAGGCAAUCCAGGUGUCUCGCCAGAUGGUCAAAGCCGCUCCUAGUGACCAUCCUAGUCUUGUAGUGUGGUUAAGUAAUCUCGGGAACAAGCUUGAAAGUCGAUACGAACGGACAGGACAAAUAGAGGACCUCGAAGAGGCGAUCCACGUGUCUCACCAGGCGGUCAAGAUCACUCCUAAUGACCAUCCUGUUAUUGCAGCGGUCCUAUAUAACCUCGAAAACAAACUGGGACGCCGAUACGAACGGACAGGACAAAUAGAGGAUCUCGAAGAGGCAAUCCAGGUGUCUCGCCAGGCGGUUAUGGCCACUCCUAGUGACCAUCCUGAUCUUGCAGCGUGGCUAAAUAACCUAGGGAACAAGCUUGAAAGUCGGUACAAGCGGACAGGACAGAUGGCAGCCCUUGAAGAAGCGAUCCGGGUGUCACGCCAAGCAGUUGCGGCCACUCCUGAUGAUCAUCCCAACCUUGCGAGAGGAUUGAGUAACCUCGGGUUCACGCUCCGCAGUCGAUACGAACGAACAGGACACAUAGAGGACCUCGAAGAGGCAAUCCAAGUGUCUCGCCAGGCGGUCAAGGUCACUACUAGUGACCAUCCUGGUCUUGCAGCGGUACUGUAUAACCUCGGAAACAAACUUAGAUGUCGAUAUGAACGAAUAGGACAAAUGGAUAACCUCGAAGAGGCGAUCCAGGUGUCUCGCCAGGCGGUCCAGACUACUCUUGAUUAUCAUCCUGAUCUUGGGAUGUGGUUACAAAACCUAGGAAUUAACCUCGUACGUCGAUUCGAACGAAUAGGACAGAUAGAUGACCUCGAAGAGGCGAUCCAGGUGUCUCGCCAGGCGGUUCAGACCAAAUCAGCACCUCCUCUCCCCCGGAUCACGGCCGCCCUGCUGACCGUUCGCCUUAUGCUCAAGCGAGAAGACCAUCAUGGCGGCUAUGCACUAUCAGUUCAAGCUAUUGAUCUCCUACAGCUCGUAUAUAAAAGGUCUUUGACAAUACAGGAUCGACAAUAUGUCAUCUCUCAUUCUUCUGGCUUAGCAACAUACGCCUGCGCUCUCGCCCUUCAAACCGGACAGUCUCUUUUCAAAGCUCUAGCAUUAUUAGAGCGUGGACGAGGUAUUAUCCUUAGUCUUCUUAUAGAUGACCGGAGUGACACGUCUCAACUGAAGAGGGCACAUCCCAUUUUAUGUGCACAAUACGAAAGCCUUCGCAUCGAGGCUUCGGUACAUUUCAACAGGGACUCACCGCAGAGCAAAAUGAAAGAUGCCUCUAAUGAGGGCAGCAUCAUCGUGGUGAACGUCACUAGCCUAAGAAGUGAUGCUAUUGUUGUCUCUUCAGCCGGAUUUAGCUUGAUCCCUCUUCCUCGGUUUAGUGCCGCCCAAGCGCAGAGUUGGGUCGACCAGGAGUUGACUUCAGCUUCGCCGUGUGAUCGGGGUGUGAAGAACAAAUCAUACCGCCAAUUUCUAGUCUGGCUCUGGCGAGAGUGUGUAAAGCCUAUACUGACUGAGCUCGGUAAUUCGGUUCAAUCAUCUCUGGAGGAUCUCCCAAGGGUCUGGUGGAUCGGGACUGGACUUGCCAGCUCCUUCCCCUUCCACGCGGCGUGUGAUAUCUCUACAGGGGAAAAUACAUUCUGUCGCGUUCUAUCUUCCUACACCCCUUCAAUCAAGGCACUCCAACAUGCCAGAGAGCGGGUUUCUAUCUCUACCCCAACAAGCGAAAACCCUUCAAAGCUACUCAUGGUUACCAUGGCAAACACACCCGGCGCUGAUGACUUACCCGGGGUAAAGGCCGAAAGGUCCACGGUCGUAAGAGCACUUGGAAAUUCCGUUCAAGUGGAAUUACUCGAUCAACCGGACUCGGCAAGUGUUAUGCGCCAGAUCCGCGAAUGCAAUAUUGCCCACUUCGCUUGCCACGGAACCUCAGACUCGGAUGAUCCUUCUCAAAGUGGCCUCUUACUGCAGACUGCCACUGCAAAUCCAAGACAGGACAUCUUGAGCGUUCUCAAACUUUGCGAAAACUACCCUACGCUUGGAGAAAUUGCAUACCUCUCUGCAUGCUCGACUGCGGAGAAUCAGGCGAAACGUCUGAUAGAUGAGGUCCUCCAUGUUGUGAGUGGUUUCCAGGUCGCCGGAUUCAGACACGUCAUUGGGACUUUGUGGCCAUCUGAGUGGCAUGCCAUGGUUAAUUUGGGCGCGUCGGGAGUCAUCUCGCAAGAGCAGUCACUUGGCCUUGUCCACUAUUUCGAGAUUAGGCUGCGAAACUAG